CAAUGGCCGGGGAAUUCCCCUCCUCCUCCUCCUCCUCCUCCGUACACGGAGGCCACGCUUCUCCCACAUUCUUGCUCCGCCUUGUCCUCGAUAUCGUCUCCGCUGGAACUGCUCACGCCAAUGCCGUCUUUAAAAAGGAUUGCACGAAUCUGGUAGGGAUGAUAGCUGUCAUCACGCAUUUGCUCGAGGAAACCAAAGGUUUUCUGUCUUCUGAUCACGAUCAUCCCUCCUCUUCUGUUUCAUGGUUGGUUGAUCUGGAGGAGGCUCUCCAGUCUGCUCAACGUCUCUUGUCCGUCGCCUCCGCCCACCAUUCCGAUAAUUACUCGGACGAAGCUGCCAAAAGAAUUGCAUCUCAAUUUCAAUGUGUUACAUGCAAGCUGGAGACAGCUUUAGGGAAAAUCCCAUAUGAUCAGUUUCAUAUCUCGGAGGAUGUUCAAGAACAGGUAGCAUUGGUAAGAGGUCAAUUGAGACGAGCUGCAGAAAGAUAUACGUCUUUGAAUUUGCCAAAUUUUUCUGAUGUCGAGUCCCGGUUACUGGAAAAAGAAUGUGCUGCUACCAUCCAUGAAACUUCUGCAAAGGUGGAUGGCAUUUCAGAGAACUGUGGUACUCUGCAACAUGCUGCGGAUAAGGUGACUAAGAUAUUGGAAAGAAUGACGAGAUCUUCAAGCAAUUCGACCUCUUCAACGUCUUCUGAUGUCUGCCUAUCAAAUGAACUCGAUUCCAAGAGGCAAGAGAAUGUGGUUUCCAAGGGUUUCGAAGAAACCAAGAAGCCUGAUGCACUAGUAAUUCCUGAUGAUUUUAUAUGCCCUAUAUCACUGGAACUAAUGAGGGAUCCGGUGGUCGUUGCUACAGGGCAGACAUAUGAGAGAUCAUACAUACAGAGAUGGAUAGAUUGUGGCAAUGCAACAUGUCCAAUAACUCGGCUGAUGUUGGAAGAUACAACUCUAACCCCUAAUUAUGUUCUGAGAAGUUUGAUAAAUCAAUGGUGUGCUGAACAUAACAUUGAGCAGCCGAGUAGAAUAGUGAAUGGUAGGCUCAAAAAGAGUGAUGGAUCAUUCCAUGAUGUUAGCUGUGACAUGGAGGCCAUCAAGGCUCUGGUCUGUAAGCUUUCGAGCCCAAGCAUCGUAGAACGCAAGGCUGCAGUUGCUGAAAUCCGAUCACUAUCUAAAAGCAGCAUGGAUAAUAGGAUACUAAUUGCAGAUGCAGGAGCAAUACCUGUUCUGGUUAACCUUUUAAAAGCAGCUGAUGUUUCAUUACAAGAACACGCAGUAACUUCUAUUCUUAACCUUUCCAUAUUUGACAACAACAAGUCUCUGAUAAUGCUUGCCGGUGCCCUUCCUUCGAUCAUCCACGUCCUCGAAGCCGGAAGUGUCGAAGCAAGAGAGAACGCAGCAGCUACCCUUUUUAGUCUGUCACUUGUAGAUGAGAACAAGCUAAUCAUCGGUUCAUCGGGGGCGAUACAGGCUUUGGUAGAUUUGUUACAACAUGGGAGAACUAGAGGGAAGAAAGAUGCUGCAAUCGCUCUGUUCAGUCUAUGUCUUUAUCAGGUGAACAAAGGUAGGGCUGUCAAAGCUGGAAUCAUAGCAGUGCUGCUGGAGAUGUUGUCGGAUACAAGAAACGGCGUGGUUGAUGAAGCUCUAACAAUACUCUCGGUUCUUGCUAGCAACCACGAGGCUAAGUCAGCCAUGGUAAAGGCUAAGAUCAUACCAGUCUUGGUCGAUUUUCUAAGAACAGGCUCGCCCAAAACCAAAGAGAAUGCAGCUGCCACUUUACUUCCUCUGUGUAUGAAAGAUGCCAAGAAUCUGGCCUGUAUAAUUCGGCUCGGUGCUGAUAUACCAUUGACAGAGCUUACAAAGAGUGGCACCGAUAGGGCCAAGAGGAAGGCUACAUCAUUGUUGGAGUACAUUCGCAUAUGACAGCAGCUUUGACUGCUUUGUUGGUAUAU